AUUCAGUUCGUUGAAAACUUUGGUGCGGGAUGGACUGUUGCUGGUGAUUGUCGUGACGGCCGUAGCACGUGUGUUAUUUUUAAUCGUCAGCAUGUCGACGACGAAGACUGCAUUUGGUGAUUUUCGCAAGUUCCGUGGAAGAAAUGUAAUACUUUAUAUGGGUUUUUGGUGUUGUAUUCAGGGAACAUUUGCACAAGAUUUAAUGUGCUGUUCUCAUGCAACUGGAUCUUGUCGGAGUAUAUGCGAAAAGAUAUCACUGGUUGAUUUAGCAGCAGAUGUAGAAUUAAGAAACCAUACCAUUAGCGAAGUACAAAAAUAUUGUUCAUCUCAACUGAAUUCAUUUUGGGAGUGCCUCAAUGCAACGUUCAAAGAUAUGUCAAGGGGAGAUUCUUGGUCUGGGAGAAUGUGUUGUCCUCUACCUCAUAGUGAGAGUUGUAGACGUGCUUGUAUAACAGCAACAUCUAAUUUUGAUCUGGCCAAAGGAUGUCGACAAAGUGACGAGAUUGCUUUUUUUAGUUGUUUGGAGAGACAAGAAGCUGGAGCCGACUGUUGCAACAAUGCAAGGACCGACGACUGCAAGUCAGCUUGCGUGGAUCUAUUUCGUCGAGAAUUGUCUCCAACUAAGUUACAAAGGCAAAAAGUAAAAGACUAUUGUGAAAACGACAGUCCCAGAGUUACCGAUUGCGUUAAGGACCUGAUUAAAGUUACUCCAGUCAAAAACAUCCAUAAACAUAUUCAUUGCUGUGAUAAAUCAAAUAUUAUAAAAUGUAGAGAAUCUUGUAAAAAAGUACUAUCAACAAAGACAACCAUACAAGAAAUCAUCGACGGCCUUCAACUUGGUGGUUGUGGUUUACCUAUGCCACAGGAAUAUUUUUGGCAGUGUUUUCUUCAACCAGAUGCUGGAUCUUUACCAAAUUCAGUAAAAGUAUCAAGGAUAGACAAAGUAGGAAUUGAUAGUGCCAAGUGGCACUGUUGUCAAAAAGCGAGCUCCUCACAAUGUACCAGACUUUGCUCAAAAACCUUCACUAAGUUUUGGGCAACCUCAUGGGAUGAGUUUAGAAAUAAAUGCCUUUCCCAAGUAUCUGAAGAAAAUCUAAGGUCUUGUAUUGAUGAAGUCGACGAACCCUGUGAACUUGGAUGUGAUGGACUGAGUUUUUGUACGAACUUCAACAAUAAACCUACAGAACUAUUUAGAGCCUGUACUUCUCAAGCUGAUGAAGCAGCCAGAAAUGAUGUUGCCCUGUGGCAAAUGCAAAAUAAUAUUUCAUUGGCACCAGGACUCACUCUUCCCCUAAAAUCCACUACAAAAUGCUCACCUAAUAUCUGGAAAGCAGUAGCAUGUACUCUUCAAAUAAAACCAUGUUCAAGGACAUCACAUGCGAAUCAACUAUGUCGAGACGUCUGCUUGGACAUACUCUCACAAUGUGUCGAUUGGACUAGAGUUUCUCCAGUUCAUUCUCCGGAGUCAAUUUGCGAAAGUCUGUCUCCAGAGGAUCCUGACGAUUCCUGUGUAAGGUUACAGACGUAUUUGAAUCCGUCUUCUUAUAAGUCAUCUAGAAUUACUGGCCAGGUGUUUAGUCCCUGUAAAGGAAACCCUUGUGAAGCAGAUGAAGUUUGUUUAAUCAAUAGAAACUGUAUUCAUGGUAUUAACUGCAAGCCCUACCUUUGUAGACCUGGAUGUAAACUGGGUGAAGUAUCACCUUAUAUGGUACCAGAUGGAACUUACGUCCGUGUUCCUACCCCAAACAGUCCGGAAGGUUGUGUCAAAAUUUGUAAAUGCAAUAAAAACAAAAUAGAAGAAUACAAACGCCUACUCUGUUAUCCAUUGACACCCUGCCUUCUGGGAAACACUCAAGAGCCUCACGGGGCAAUUUUCCACCAGGACUGUAACCAAUGCAGUUGUUAUGCAGGAGAAACGAUAUGCAGCAAGAAGCAGUGUGAAAGCACUAGUCUCAGCGGCAGAAACACUGCCUAUACCACAUUACCUUGUAAUUGUCCUCCACAUUACGUACCUGUCUGUGGAAGAAAUGGAAUUACUUAUCCAUCAACUUGUUUAGCAAAAUGUGCCGAUUUAAAUGAUGCGGAUAUUGAGCAUUACCCGUGUCAGAAUCCCUGUAAGGCUAACUCAUGUCCAGUUGGGCAAAAAUGCGUUCCUGAUCCUCAAGUAUGUUUGAGUCUCAUGCACAAACCGUGCAACCAAUAUGAGUGUAUAAAUGGAUCUUCUAACUGCUCAUACCUUCCUAAGGAUCCAGUAUGUGAUAUCGACAAUCAAGAAUAUGAAAACUCAUGUCUUCUAGCACACCACAAUGCCAAACUCGCUUACAGAGGCCGUUGUCUAACAAAAUGUAAACAUCGGUCACAAGUAUGCGGAUUUAAUGGGAAAACCUACAUUUCUGAAUGUGCUGCAUUCGCUGACAUGGUGGCUGUCGACUAUGAAGGACCAUGUGUUGCAAUGGGACUUAUUACAAAUAUUAAAUCCAAACAGUGUCUUGGAGUUAAAUGUCCGGAAUUACAAAAUUCUAAUUGUAUAGGAAUAACUCCACCUGGAGCUUGUUGCCCAAUCUGCGGAGGAGCCAUGCGUUUGCUUUAUUCGAGGAAACAGAUAGAUCGGGCACUGUUCGCUCUACAAAAUCAUACUACCAAACCAUUAAACCUCCGGUCUGUGUUGGAAGCAUUGGAAAGACAAAUUCAAGUUGCACAAUGUACCUUAAAAGGUUACUUAUCGGUUGAACUGGAUAUAUUUGUCAUCGUUCACAGCACAGAAAGGAAUCCUUCCGAUCUGCAACUCGAGGCCUGCAUACGAGAAGCAGAGAAGAUUGCAAGCCUUAUCAAUAUUCAAAGUCCCAGGAUUGUCAGCGAAUUGAGCCUCAGUUCUUUGACAGCAGCGAGCAUAGUUCAUACACAAAUGAGCUCGUCUGUUAACAAUCAUGUAAACAAUUUAAGAUUAUCGAUACUUGCUGUGAUACUUGUAGGUUUUCUUCAAAAAAUAGUCCCAUCUCUAUGAUUCCAAGAAUAAUAUAUGUAAUAUUUCGCUCAUCAGGAAGAAAAGUGACACAACUCAAACAAUGCAUAAUUGCAGUGAUCUUGUUAAAUUGGCUCUAAAUAUCGUAUACUUUUACCAGGAAAAAUGACAAAUAGAUGUUUGCUUCCAACUUCGAAAGAUGGCGGUUGUGUCAUUAUUCCUUUGGCGGUAAAAUGAAUAUUUUUAUUGUGGAACAAUGACACUUUUCAGUUAAGCUCUGACAUUCGACGUGAACAUAUCGUUAUUUAUCACAAAAACAGUUAUAUUACGAGAAGUGUCCUAUGUAGUUUUCGUUCAUUUAAAAAUAUUCGUGACCAAUAUUUUAAAAGAAAAGUGACGUAACUCAAAAUUUUGAUCUUUUUUCUCUGUUAAAUCAGAUGUCAUAUUUUUUUUUGGUUUUUCUUCUUACACAAUAAUUAGAAACAAUCACUUAUCCAAAUUCUUCGUUUUUAAUUUACAAAUUUUAUCAGUUACCGUUUAAAAGUUACAGUUAAAUUAAGAUCUAAAACAUCUAUUUUUGUCUCCAUUCAACAAAGUUGUUUUUUUGAGUUGGGAUACUUUUCUUCCGGAUGAGUGAUUUAACGAGAAAUAUUCACCGUGUUAUAAAAGUUUUCUAAUUAUUCAUAACUGCUGUGUGUGGGUAGGCACAUACGUGUUCUAAUCUCAAUUAAGAUGGCGUGACUACCAUUAUAAUACCAUAUCAUAUUUAAAGUGCAAUACACUACACAGGAUCUAGUUUGAGAGCACUAUAAUAUUAUGAAGUAGUUUUUUGUCUCCGAGUAUGGGCACGUGUUAUCAAGAAGAUUUUGUUACACAAGGGAAAUCUUCAAGGGGCUAUUAUAUUUUAAGAAAAUGUGUACGCUAAAUCUGACUUAAAUGAUAACCCCUUUAUUUCUGAUAAAACAAAUAAUACGUGAGUUGCUCAUAAAUUAAUGUAUGAUUGUACUGGCCUAUGAAAUAACUUGGCUAACUUUAAAAUUGUUACACUUUGUUUUAUGUGAAUGAUUUAGAUUUUUUCGAUAUGUUUUUUCUAUUUUUUUAAGAGAUAUUUCUUGAAGGUGUUGUGCAUUUUUACAUAGGCUCUAUCUAUCGUUCAUAUUGCUAUGAGCUCAAGUGUUCGACAGUUCUGAUUAGAUUUGAUAAUUUUGAUAAAUUUUUACCUCACAGUCCUCUGUUACCGCUUAUCUUCCUUUAGCGUCAUUAUUGUAAUCACUCACCUACCUACCUACUGGUAGGGAUCAGUGAAUCAGUGAUACCAAUCUAUAAAUUUUCUUCUCUUGCCGCACUACUCAUCCUUCGGCUGAACCGAUCCACAUAUCGCACACCUAGUUCAAUUGUGCCACAACUGCAAAAAAUUCGAAUUUUGGGUUAAGGCUGCAAAAUAUUGCCUAUAUAAUGGCCCAUCUAAUGCAAUACAGCCUGAACUAAAAUAUUGUUCUGGAUAAGUAUAAAGUAAGUUACUUCGGUAUUUCACUGUAGGGUUUUUGGAGGUUUUGAAAAUGCAAUACGGCCAUAACUGGGAGAUGUGGCGAUAAUAUACACUGCCACAAUACAACCGAAGAAAUUCAAUACGUUCAAUACGGCCACAACUGCAAAAAUCAAGAGAGAUGUGGCGAUAAUAUACACUGCCACAAUACAACCAGUAUAAUUCAAUACGGCCACAACUGCCAUUCAAUUAUAUUGCCGCCGUAUCUCCUAAGUAUUGUUUUAUAAAUGACUUUCUUCACAAUGCAAUAUCGCAAUAACUAUCAAAACAAUAAUAACGUUUUAUUUGUAAUAAAUUGUAAUAAGAUCCAGCCAAUAAGUGUAUAAUUUACUACCUAAAUUGUAAUUUUGAAGCCAGUCACUCUCAAAAUAAAUUAUUUACAGGGCAUAACGCAUUUACUACAGAACGUUUUGCUCAUUUCUCGAGAAUAUUGUGUUUUGCACUUGUGGCACUAUUGAACUAGGUGUGCGAUAUUAUGAAUUAACACGAAUUCGCUAAACAACUCAUAUUGAAGUGCGACGGCACUAUUGAAAAGUCCUAAAAACUGGUUGUGUACCUACACCUAUGAGUACCUAUGGUGUCAAAAAGCAGAAAGUUGCACGUGAAUAUUUUGGUAAAGCAAUAAGUAGAGCAUAAACAUCGUUUGGAAUCUGAUUCUUGUCGGAAAUGUUAAAAAUAUUUAUAGUAAUAUUUAGAUUAUCUUCAUUAAUAAUAUAAUCUGGCACUGUGACAUUAUUAGAGGUCUUGAAUAAGUUGAAUCGUCGCACAAUUUUAGUUUCUAUAAUAUUUGAACCUCUUGACUGAGUUUCUAAGUGUGGCAAGUUCUAUAUUAGUUCUUUAUGCUUCAUAUCGUCAUCAUCAUCGAUUCGAUAAGCCUCUUUUGUGUUUUGGCCUAUCAUUUUGGCCAAUUAGUAUUGGUUUCAGUAUAGGAUACAGGAUAUUGAUGCGUUUGGAGCAUUUUGCGUGUCUAAAUUACCCUUUCAACUCAAUACGAUAAUUUUGUAACACUUUUUGAUAUACUGCAAACAAUAGCUAUUUGUAUAACAAGGGAGGAAAGUGCUUCUUUUCCUCCCGAGAAUGAAGUUUACUGAUCGACGCGUAGCGGAGGGCAGUAAUCAUUCGAGGGAGGAAAAGGCACUUUACUCCCAUGUUAUACAAAUGGUUUUUCCACCUUCCUCAAAUAACAAGUCAUUUUUUCAUUUUUACUUAAUUUAUUUAUGUAAGUAACCAACAAAAUUUAUUAGAACUAAACUAACGAGUAGGUACAAUAUAACUGUCAACUGUCAAAUAUAAGUCAAAUUAUUAAUGUAAACAUUACUAAAUCAAAAUAAUAAUUUACUGUUUUUUACCAUUCUGAAAAAUACAGGGUGUUUUAUAAAUACGUUAAAAUGUAUAGAUACUUACGUAAUAGAAAAUAGAUAUUGUACAGGGCGUCAAUAAGUUAUAUUUCAUGAAUGAAAUACGAUGACGUCACUUUUACUUUUCCUCCCAGGAGGAAAAAUAUUUUCCUCCCUAGGGAGGAAAAGUACAACUUUGCUCCCUACAAUCAGGUCCGGAAAAGUAUACUUUCGGUAGAGGUAGGUGGAAAAAUAUUUUUAUAUUACAAAACACGUAAAAUUUUUUAACCCCGCUAAGACAAUAUUUUAUCAACAUAAAAGUUUGUGAUGAGUGCUGUUAAUGCUUAUGUAGCCCAAAUCUCUUUUGAUUGAAAAAGUUGUCUAUCUUUUUUUAAAUCAAAAACCAAGAUUAUUUUGAUUACACGUGGACCAAUACAUUCAGAGUUUUUAGAAAAACUAUAAAAUACAUUUUCUAAACAUUGAAUAUGCUGGGACUAGUUUUAAAGUUUUAUAUUCUAAUUAAAGUCACAACAAGUACCUUAGAAAAAAAAAAAAAACAAAGUUAGAUAAUCUGUACAAUCAAUACAAACAAUUCAACCGUUACCAAAUAUAAUAAUCGUGAUUAUGCUCAAGGAACUGAGGCCAAAUCUAUUUUAUUGUUAAUAGUUUAUUAAUGAUAAGUCAGAAAAUAUUCGUAAGACUUUGUUACAAGAGAAAUAUCUGUGAUAUAAAAUACUUUUAGAGCUUUUGUAAGUAGAUUUUACAUAUGAGGUAUAAAAACUGAUGUACAUAUUUGAGAAUAUUAUUUGUAUAUAAGGUUUAUAUAAAUUUGUAAUUAUUUUUACGUUAAUAGUGUUUCCCUAAGAUUUAUACUGGUUGAGAUUUAUGAAAUUUAGUAAGAAAGAUAUUGUAUAAAAGGUAUAAGAAAAUUAUGUCUUUGAUGGCCUGGAUUAGAUUUUAUGUGAAUAAUGUUAAUGCUGUCGUUCUAUUUCUUGGAUUAUACUAGCACUUUUAAUUCAGAAAAAUGGGAUCCUUUCUGAAUUAUAAUGGUACUUACAUAUGAGAUUCCCUCACCACCUAGUUAAUAAGAAAUCUAUAUAAUAAAACUCAGUCAAAGUUAAAGUACGCGAAACAUAUUCAGGUGACUUCAAAAAAGGAACUAGACAGAACUUUAACUGUAAGUUAUACAUGACUCUAUUUUUCUUCCGCGUACAUUGAAAAAUGGACUCUAAAUACAUCGACAGAGGCAAGGUCGAAGCUUGCAAAAUAUGAUCUACAGAAGAAUUGUAUGCGUUUACAGACGGAUAUCUAUUCGGAACAGAUCACAGAACCAACCAGGCUAUUAAAAGAAGUAAACAAAGCAUACCAAAGUUAUUUCGGCCAUAGCCAAAACAACGGGGACUAAUGAGUAGGUUUUCAUAGUAGCAUGAAAGGUAGAAUGCCGACUAAGAAGAAGUAGUAGACUAAGAGGAAGAUCUAGAAUAAGAUGGGCAGACUAAAUAAUGAAGACUAUUAGGGAAAAUUCCUACAUGAAGCCGUCCAUUUGGACAAGAUCGUAGCUCAUCAACAAGCUAACGAUAUUUAGAGCAUCACCACACGUCUUAACAAGAGCUCAGGAGAUAAGAAGGAGGAAUUAUUUUAAACAAUAUACUAACUCAUACUAUUAUGAUUUUUUUUUAAAUCUCAAAUCUGUACUAUCACUAGUCUUAUAACUGUAUUGGAUACUGCAGGCAGUUUCAUCUCCUCUGCACUUAAGUCUGUUGAGAUGCUUUGUGCUAGGUAGGUAUUAGAUUUUAUAAAAGUUUAGGAUGUUAGUACUGCUUGUGUCCCAGUAAACAACUAUGGAAAGCAAUGAGAUUGAUGAACGUCAGGGAAAUAUGGAUAAACAUAACACACAGAUUAUAAUGUGACAUAAGCAGAAAUAAUAAGAUAGGUAAUAAAUUAACAAACUAAUUACUACUCUAAGAAAAAGUAUAAAACAGGGAUGUGGCCUAUCACCUACACUUUAUAACAAUUAUAUAGACCCAUCUUUAAAAAUGAUGGCGAAUUUCAACGACGAAUAACACUUGCUUGGGCGGCGUAUGGUUCACUAAGAGACAUCUUUAAGAGCAACAUCCCGACAGCUAUGAAACGGAAGACAUUUGGCCAAUGCGUUCUUCCUAUUAUGACAUACGGAGCAGAAAUUCUCACGCUCACAAAAUCAACAGCACUAAAAAUGCGAGUGGCACAAAGGCGCAUGGAAAGAUCGAUUCUCGGCGUGACAAAAAAAGACAAAAUAAGGAACCAAGACUUAAGGAAAAGAACAGGUAUCACUGAUGUCGUUGAACGUAUAGCCAAGCUGAAAUGGAAUUGGGCAGGUCACAUAGCGCGACUGAAAGACUCAAGAUGGACCAGAAAACUAAUUGACUGGCGCCCAAGAGAAGACAAACGCAGCAGAGGACGACCACCAACACGCUGGAUGGACGACAUUAACCGAAUAUCCAAGAAAUGGCAACAAGAAGCACAGAACCGUGAAGAGUGGCGAAGAAUGCGAGAGACCUAUGUCCAACAGUGGACAGAAGAGGUUACAUGAUCUUUAAAAAGGUGAUACCACUUUAUACAAGGAAAUAUAUUGUGCUCACUACUUUUCGCGACGAUCAGGUCACUUUUGCAUAAUAAAACGAGGGCAUGGAAUAUAUGGAAAAUUAAAAGAAGAGUGCGAAUCACGGAGCCUAACGAUAGAUAGGUAUGAGUAACAUGGAAUAAAUACCAGUGUAUCAAAGGAAAGUUGCCAUAUGUGUCAAUAAUUACUGUCGUUUUCAGAGAAUGGCAGCCCAUAGAUGGCCAAAAAGAGUAAUGGAAUGGAAUGGGAACAUCCAGAAAGAAGACGAAGAGGAUGAUGAGAUGAAAACGUAUACUAGUAUAGAAAAUGAUGAAGCGACAACUCAAAGAAGGUGACUGGGAGGACAAAAGGCUGUGGAGGUUUAAAAUUGCUAAUCCAUAAUCGAAAAGUGCCGAAGAAGAAAACAAAUGUUUUACUUGAAAGAGAUUAGAAAAUAAUAUUUUUCGAAGUAGUAGUAUCGGGAUGUCUAUUUGACGUGUUAAAUAAGACGAAACUGUUAAAUGAGAAGAUGAUGAAAUAAAUCCAGAAACAACAUUUUUGUUCUAAAGUAGAUAUAGUAACAACUUCUUUUAUUUUAGAUAAAUAAAAUAUUACUAUAGUUCUUAUUCCUAUCCUUAUUUCCUAUCAUAUAAUUACGCUACCAAGAUAUUAUUUUUACAGGCACUAAAUAUUCAAAAUUGUUUUGAAAGCUACUCUGUCGCCAAUAAAAUUAGAAAAUGUCUACUUACAAACAAUCAUAAUACCUAAGCCAUAAGUUGUGAAAUAGAACUAAUAAAAUACAACCAUAUACAUAUAUAAGCCAUAACUUGUAAAAUAAGCCAUAACUUUUAUAACAUAAUAAAUUAUAAAUUUAUGAAUUAAUUUAGUUACAUAUAAAUCUUUCAGAAUUUCAUAAAUUUCAACAAGCUCUCAUUUUAAUUUUAUAAAUAUUGCAUGUGUUUAAUGUUACCAAAGAAUAACUUAUUACUGUAUUCUUUAAACGAGGAUUUGCCAUAUUUUCAAUAAAUAAUUUUAUUUCAUUGCCUGUUACCUAUUUUGUCAAAUAUUAAGUGCGAUAUUUUUCACAAGAAACAAAUUGGUUGUUUCUAAAACGUACAUUUUUCCUUUGUUAGAUUCUUUCUUCUUCUUCAUCAUCUACCUUGCUUUCCAAAUAUUGUUUCUUGCAGGAUGGCUUUUAAGACGGCAUAUUAUAUGAAUUCAUUUGUCAUAAUGUGUCCGAAGUAUUGCAACUUUCGAAAUUUGAUGGUUGUCAGUACCUCUUGGUUCUUCUUCAUUCUUCUGAGGAUCGCCUCAUUUGUGACUUGUUCACUCCACAUAAUUUUGGGUACCUAUUGUCCGAUAUUGUAACUACACAACAACACACUAUACCAUAAUAUGCGGUGACUUUAACGCUAAAACGGGGAGAAAGGCAGACGAUACAGAAACAUCACUGGGAAAAUUUGGUUUGGGAGAUAGAAACGAACCCGGUGAAACUUUACUUAGUUUCCUGCUGGAGAAAAAUCUAUUCCAAAUGAACAGCUUCUUCUACAAAAAAGAACAUCGUAGAUGGACGUGGCAGAGCCCAAAUGGAAAAGCUAGGAAUAGAACGAGAUCGAUUUUAUAAUCACCGAAAAGAAGCAAAUCUUUAAAGACGUUACAGUUCUAAACCAGUUUUCAACAGCUAGCGAUCACAGAAUGGUAAAAGCCUCGAUAGAAAUAGACCUUGAGAAAGAGAGAUACCGCAUGAUCAAAGAGAAGUCCACAACUACCUGGACCGAGCCUAAAAUAUAAAUGCAUGUGAAGAACAUAUCAACAGCAUUCUCGAAAGCGAUAGGAAUACAGACCUAAAUGUUAACACCCUUAAUGACAUUAUAAUAGAAGCUACAGAAGAGAGCCAGAAGAUACACUGCCAAAAUACAUCACACAACAAAAGAAUAAGCCCCCAAACACAAGCAUUAAUGGAAGAGCGGAGAAAAAUGCAAAGUAAUAGAAGUAAAGAACACCAUGAACUUAGUAGAGAGAUAAGUAAAAUAAUACAAAAAUCUAUUAGGACGGACAACCGAAAAUAUAAAAACGAACAAAUUCAACAAACAAUUGAAGAUAACAAGAGCCUCAAAGUUCUAAGAAGACAAUUAACAAAUGGCAAAAAAGAAAUAACGAAAUUAAAGGAUAGAGAUGGAACUAUCAUCAUCAACAGAGAUGAAUUAUUAAGGGUAGUAGAAGACUUCUAUACAGAACUAUACAAGAGCCAACAAAACCAUGAUGAGCCACUAGAAGAUUCAGGAAAAAGGUUAGUCAACCACGGUCGGAAUUGAUGCCUGAUAAAUCAACAGGCGAAAUCAGGAACGCAUUGAGAAAAAUUUAAAGAAAUAAAGCUCCAGGAGAAGACUAUAUCGUUAUAGAAGCCGUAAAGAUUGGAGGAGACUGAUUUUUAAACAACAUAAAGGAAUUGUUCAACUUAUGUCUGCACCAAAGUGAAACACCUACAAGAUGGCACAGUGCACUUAUCAUCAUAUUACACAAAAAGGGCGAUCCAACAGACCUCGAGAAUUACCGGCCCAUAAGCCUAUUAGACCACCUCUACAAGUUAUUCACAAGAAUAAUAACAAAUAGACUGGAAACAAAAUUGGAUUUUUACCAACCUAGAGAACAGGCGGGUUUUCGGAAAAACUUUGGCACUAACGACCACCUAUACUGCAUAAAAGGAAUUAUAGAAAAAUCUAUCGAAUACAACCGACCAUUGGUCCUGGCUUUCGUAGACUUUCGCAAAGCAUUUGAUACGAUAGAAAUUAACAGCAUAAUGAGAGCAUUGGAGGAACGUCGUAUAGAUUAUCGGUACUCCAAACUGAUAGCGAACAUAUACAAUAAUGCAACCAUGACCGUCCGACUACACAAAGAUAAAAUCUAUAAAAUCAAAAGAGGAAUUAGACAGGGAAACACGUUAUCUCCGAAACUCUUUACGGCAGUACUUGAACAAUAUUGAACAUGCUUUCAAACAAUUGGAGUGGGACGCCAAAGGAAUAAAUGUCGACGGUGAAAGGCUCUCUCACCUACAAUUCGCAGACGACAUAGUUCUUAUAACAGACAACUUAAAAGAGAUUAGAACUAUGCUUACUGAGUUGUAAAAAAGUUGGUUUAAACAUAAAUUUUGGAAAGACACAAUACAUGACAAACCUGGUACCAAGCGAAAAUCCAAAAGUCGACGUCAACGAAAUAGCAUUGGUCCAUAAAUAUAAAUACUUAGGGCAUGAAAUCCAAAUUUCCAGGGACAAUCAAACUGCUGAAUUACAGAGAAGGAUCACCUUAGCAUGGACCGCAUAUGGAGCUCUAUCAGACAUCUUCAAGAGCAACUUGCCAAAUUAUUUGAAAAGGAAGACGUUCAACCAAUGUGUGCUUCCAGUCAUGACUUACGGCGCCGUAACAUUAUCGUUAACCCAGGCCACAGCGACGAAACUUAGAGUGGCCCAAAGAAGAAUGGAACGGUCACUACUUGGACUGACUCUCAGAGAUAGGGUCAGAAACGAAGAAAUCAGAAGAAGGACAGGCGUCACAGAUGUCAUAGAGCGAGUAGCAUGGCUGAAGUGAAAUUGGGCGGGAUAUGUAGCCAGAAUGAAGGACGGGAGGUGGACCCAAAAAAUUACAGUGUGGAGACCAAGAGAAGACAGAAGAAGUAGAGGUAGACCACCUACACGAUGGACAGACGACGUCAAAAGGAUUGCUGGGAAUUGGUUGCAGAAAGCACAAGGUCGACAAAACUGGAAGAAAUUAGGGGAGGCCUAUGUUCAACUUUGAAUGCAGAAGGCUGGAUGAUGAUGAUGAUGAUGAUGAUUCUCCGAUAUAGUCACAUCUCAAACGCUUCCAAUUUUCUGCCCAUAUCUUUGUUCAAGGUCGACGAUUCAACACCAUAAAAAGAAAAGAGAAGACGUCGCAACAUUCUUACGUUUAGGGUACGCUACUUUUUCUCACCACGACUCUACCUUAUCGGCAGAGUGUACGAGAAGUGCACUGCAAAUUGAAGAUGUAAUUCCAAAAAACAAAAAGAAUUAUAUAUGUCUUCAUACUCACUUUAUAAUUCUCAAAAAAUUACAGGAUCUAGAUUUCAAUGCAUAUUUUUUUUAUAAUUCCGUAUCAAAGUUACGCGUGAAUUUAGUCGUAUUGAUGACAGUUAAGAAAAAGACGGUGACUCUUACGUUUAUAUGAUUUUAUUAUUAGAUUUAACAGUAUGAAAUUAAAGAAAAUCUAUUUAUGGUACUAAUAAAGCUUAAUUUAUGGUGAUCACUUAAUUAUAACAACGACAAAAGGAGAUUAAUGAUACACCAAGAACAAUGCAAACAAAUCCAAUAGGUAAUACAAAUAUUUAGGAUCAAUAACUAAGAACAACGACUCUAGUAAAAAAAUCAAGUCAAGAAUUACGCAAGAUACUGUUACCACAAUUAAAAAUUUUUUGUGUAACAUAAAGUCUAUGAGAUUAAUAGUUAGACUUCUACCGCUUCUAUGGAGUGGAGGCAUGGAUGCUAAAGGAAGGGCGCUAAUUUGGAAGCUUUCAAAAUGUGGACUUGCAGAAGAAUGCUUAGAAUAAGCAUUGUGGACAGACUUACAAACGACAUACUACUGGAAAGAGUAAUCAAGCCAAAAUUAGAACGUUGCAAUAUUUUUCCAUGUUAUUCGAGAUAAGUGCUACAAACUUCUGCACUUUAUCACGUAGGAGAAAAUACAAGAACGAAGAAACCGAGGUAGAAGACGUAUUUAAUGGCUAAACCAUCUAGGAACGUGGUUAAACUGAAAGUCUACUGCAUUUUUUAGAGCAGUCGCAUAGAAGUUUCGAAUCGGGAUGAAGGUUGCCAAUUGUUGAGAGGGUAGGAAACGUAAAAAAGACUAGAAAAUAACAUUCAUUCCUGUCUUAUAUUCUAGCUCUGCGACAUUUUUUUUUAUUUAUCAGAAAGUUGUACAAAAACUUUUUUCAGAUUGAUGACAAUUAAAUUUUGCGAAUAGUUUCACAAAUAGUUGUAACGCCAUCAUCAAUUGCGUUACAACUAUUUGUGAGUCUCGGCCGCGUUUAGGAUUGGCUUCAAUAUUAUUUGUCGGUCCGAUGCUACUAUUCGUCUAAACCCAAUUUCUUCAGUUAUUCUCUGGCUGCAUUUUUCUACCUUGUUAUAGGCAGUUUUGACUAAUUAGAAUCUGUUGCAUUGCAAAGAAUGAUCCGUUUCUCGCCAUUAUUUGCAUUUCAACUUCUCGUUCUACUUUGUUGUCAUUAUUAUAUAAAUGGUAAUUAUUAUAAAACCGUAUGCAAUUAAUUUCGCAGUAAAAUCAUGAAUACUGUUAUUAGUUAUCAUUAAAACAUACUGUAUUAUUAUUGAAAAUUUGGGCAUUUCUUCUUGUUGUUUUUACUAAUUUUAGCCAUAUUGCUUUAACGAUAGUUGUAUAUUUUCAAAUUUCGAUUUUUUAAGUCUUUUGUUGUUUUUUUACCCAGUUUUUAUCAAAUUAUAUAUUGUGUAAAAGGCAAUAAAAUGUUUUUAGUUCA